AUGGUCUCCGGCGUCGGCACCGGCACCUCCUCCUCGGCCCACCACAACCACAACCACCAUCAUUACCCUGCCGCCCUGCACUCUGUCUCUAUCGCCCAGUCCUCGUCCUCUGCCCUUCGACUGAGCAGCAGCAGCAGCCAUCCUCACUCUAACCAGCACAACAAUCACCCUCACCACCAUACGCUAUCGAUCGACACCAAUGCCGCCUCGCUCUCCAACCUGCCAUCGCCUUCACCCUCGCCCGACUUUUACGAGUCACAGGAUCCAAUGUCGCUCGCUUCGAAGCGUAUGUCGGAGGAGCAGAUCGAUGCGAUCAAAUCGAACAAGAAGGUCAGGGAGUUCUACCGGGAGCAGAAUGAGCUCAUUUCUGAUCUCCUUGAUCCUCCCGAGGGUAGAGAGGGCGCUGCCGAGCUUGAGGAGAAGAACCAAGUCAAGCUCAAGAUUGCAAUCUAUGGCUCGGUGGGAGUCAACGUGCUGCUGUUCCUCCUGCAGCUGUACGCUGCCAUCUCGUCAAAGUCCUUGUCGCUGUUUGCCACCAUGGCCGACUCCUUCAUGGAUCUCCUGUCCGGCUUCAUCCUCAUGUACGCCGCAAGAGCAUCGACCAAGAGCAACUGGUUCAAGUACCCUUCGGGCAAGUCCCGCAUGGAGACUGCCGGCACCAUCGUGUUCGCUUCCCUCAUGGCCACCGUCUCUCUCCAGCUUAUUAUUGAGUCGGUCAGAACCCUGAUUGACGCGGACAAGGUGCCACCCAUGCCUGGCGCCCUUGCCAUCGCCUUUGUCAGUUUCGCGCUCGCCAGCAAGCUGGCCUUGUUCUUGUACUGCAGGGCGAUUUCUCAGUACAACACUGCCAAUAUCCUUGCGACUGACCAUCGCAACGACCUGGUUGUCAAUGGAUUUGGUCUGUUUGCUUCCUUGGUCAGUCGUUACUGCUGGUGGUUGGAUGCUGCCGGUGCUAUCGCUGUUGCCCUGAUCAUUCUCCGCUCUUGGGUGUGGACCGCCUAUGAACAAAUCCAGCUCAUCGUUGGCAAAACUGCUGACCCAGCGUUCUUGAAGAAGCUGACCUACAUCGCGUUGACCCAUCACCGCAAGAUCCUCCAGGUCGACACUUGCACCGCCUACCAUGCCGGCAACAACUUGUUUGUCGAGGUCGAUGUUGUCAUGUCGCCCGAUACUCCUUUGAUAAUCAGCCACGAUAUCAGUGAGAGUUUGCAGAUCAAGUUGGAGGCGCUUCCAAACGUCGAGCGCGCAUUUGUUCACGUCGACUAUGAGACAUCUCAUGCACCCGAGCAUCGCAAGUCCAAGUAA